AGAUAGAGAUACAAUUAAGUGAGAGAGCUUGAGUUUGUGAAAUAAAACCAAACAAAGGUUCGAUUGAUUAUUUGGAACGCAUGAACGAAGGAAGGAACGAUCGAUAGAUAAUGCAGUCGCAUCUUUUUGUGGGACCCAUCUCCGUCGCCGCUAACAGUAACACUUCUGCUGCCUCUUUCUCUCAUCGGCGCCGCCGCAAGUGGCGGACCUCCCUCAUCGUAGCCUCCUCUUCCUCUUCCUCUUCCUACUCCUCUCCGUCUUAUGACCAGAACCACUACGCUGUCCUCGGCCUUGACCUCUCCGCCUCCUCCUCCGAUAUCAAGAGGGCGUAUCGACUUCUCGCUCGCAAGUAUCAUCCUGAUGUUAGCAAGGAUUCUCAAGCUUCAGAGCUAUUCAAGACAAUUCGAUGUGCAUAUGAAGUGCUAUCUAAUGAAGUAACAAGAAUUCAGUAUGACCGAGCACUUAAAUUUAGAGAACAUACUAGUAGACAAAAUAGAAGGCAAAGGAAUUACAGCUCCGAAUUUGACAGUGAGGUAAGGGUCAAUAGAUGGAAUGAACUGCGACAGAGAAUCCAACGCGAGAGAUAUUGGAAAGAGAAAAGUUCUUCCUUUAAUGAAACAAAUGGAGUAUCAGACGAAAGGAGUUCAAUACACGAAAGAGGCCCCUUUACUGAAGUCCUGAGAUCUGCAUUUAUCUCCCUGUUUUUAUUACACACUUUUGGUUCUAGAUUAUCUCUCACCUUCAGUAGCCUGAUGGCCUUAUUCGAUAGGAAGCUUGACGCUGGAUAUAAAAUCGGGUAUGUCAUUGCUUGGGUUUUGGGAGGGAAAGGUGGAAUUUUGCUCACUCUGUCUCUGUCGUUCGCAAGUUGGGCUUGUGGCAAAACCAGUAGCAGCAUAGUUGCUCUGGUUGUGGUAGCCAUGUGGGUUGGCUCCAAUCUUGCAAGGUAUGCACCACUUCCACAAGGUGCUCUUCUAACCCUCCUGUACAUGUCUAUUAAACUACAAGCUGAUCUGAAAUAAACAAUUGUUUAUUCUCCUUUCUUGUAUUGAUACAAAUAGGGCUCCUCAUUUUCUUGACACACAGGAAGGUCAUGGUGUGUCAAACCUGUUUUAUAAUGAAAAAAUGAAUAUGAUCUGUUCAAACUUCAAAUUUUAUUUUA